UGACCGGGGGACGACGUGUGACUUUCCGUAACAGGAAAAGCCCCAAGUGACAGGUACUCCCGCAUGGAUAGUUCCAAGUCACCUCGCAGAUCUACAGCUUUCCUCACCAUAUGAAGUGUGCGAUUAUUAUUUUGCAAAGAAUGGAUUCAGAUGCCAGAUAGCUAACCAUCAAAGAACAACCAGCUUUCUAUCACUAGGCCACUUCAGCCCGCAGAUACCUCCGAUAGCAUAUCAACUAUGUCCGCAACUCUUCCUCCGACGUUCAAACCGACACUCAUCCUCCACGGCGGCGCGGGUGACAUCCAUCGUUCGACUCUUCCACCUCCUCUCUAUGACCAAUUCCAUGCGUCUCUCCUUGCCUACCUCCGCUCGACGUACACACUGCUCAAGAAUGGCGCAACCGCCCUCGACGCAGCAGUACAUGCUGUCUCGCUGAUGGAAGACGACGAGCUGUUCAACUGCGGUCGGGGCAGCGUCUUUACCUCCGCUGGCACUAUCGAGAUGGAAGCCUCCGUCAUGGUGACAUCCAUUCAAGAGGGCUGGGAGAAUAGCAGCGAACCGGGAACGAUAAAACGCGGCGCGGGCGUUAUCAACGUGAGGAGCGUACGGCAUCCGAUCCAACUUGCGCGGGAAGCGCUUCUGCGAACGGGUUACGAUUCCAACGGCGAACCGAACGGUGACGGAGGAAAUAUGCACUCGCAGCUCAGUGGGCUCGAAGUCGAGAAGCUGGCUGACGAAUGGGGUCUAGAAUUUGCGCCUGACGAGUGGUUCUGGACCCAGAAGCGAUGGGAUGAGCAUAUGAGAGGCCUGAAGGGGAUUAAGGAAGAUAUUACAAUGAGUCAGGGGACUGUGGGAUGCGUCUGUUUGGACCAAUGGGGCAAUCUGGCCGUUGCUACGAGUACGGGGGGUUUGACGAACAAGAAGCCCGGGAGAGUUGGUGAUACACCGACGUUCGGAGCGGGAUUCUGGGCUGAGGCGUGGGAUGUUAAAGUAACUGCUGAAAGUGAGACUGGGACGAUGGUAUAUGGGACAUCAAGUUCAACGGCAACACAUGCAGAAUCAGACCAGUCCGCACAUCUCACCACUUGGGACUUUACUCGCUAUCUGAAAUCGUGCCUGGGAGAUUGUCUUACCUCUUACCUUCGUUAUCUGUCUUCAAGCCGGGAUGUCCCCGCAGACCAAGACUCAGGAUCACAUCGUCCUCGUUCCCCUGAAAAGCAACCCCUUCUGAGCCAUCAACAACCGAGAUAUACCAAACCUCUUACCACCCGUCGUGCCGUCGCCCUCUCAGGAACUGGCAACGGCGACUCUUUCUUACGCGUCGCCGCGGCCCGUACUGCGUCCUCGAUGCUCCGAUUCUCUCCUGCAGGAUCUUUCCCGAGCACGCUCGCUGAGGCAGUCACCGCCAUCGCCGGACAAGGCGGUGAACUGCAGCGCUCCGCAGGUAGACGAUGGGAAAAGACGAGUGAGGGACAAGGUGGGAUCAUCGGGAUCGAAAUUUCAUCUCACUCCCCAGAGAAUCCUGGUGAUAAGCUAAAGAGAGGAAAUGUCGUUUUCGAUUUCAAUUGUGGGGGGAUGUUUCGGGCCUGGAUCGAAGAAGAUGCAGAUGGAGAAAAGGAGAGGGUUAUGGUGUUUAGAGAGGAGUAUUAUUAGAUUGUUCACUCUUUGCUUCACGUUUAUUUAAGCUGGUUCUGUAGUUAGUUAUUUACGUGGGUGUAUAAGCGCCCGUUGCUCUUGGAAAUGCUAGACCUUUGCUAUACGUGCAAGAAACUUGACACUGGACAGAUCAAUAGAAUCGAGUUGGUGGAAAAGGAACAAUAUAUAUAUAUAUAUAUAUACCGCAAUAAUCAAACAGGUCAGGUUUAUCAUUAUAGUGGAAUAAAAACGUAAAAAAAAAAAAAAAAAAAAAAAA